GAAGUAGUUCCGGUGGUUUAGCAGCAGAACGGAGCACAGAGAGCCGGGAUCUUCAUAUUGUUGAGCGCAAAUGCGAAUUCGAGUCCGUCCGUCAUGACUUUCGAAUGACCACAGCAGCGGUCAGUUUGACGCCUGCAGAGCACCGUGCAUGCAGCCUAGUGACAGCGCCGAGGCUUUUGUCUUCGAGUGGAAUUUCCAAGUGCAGAAUAGGCGUCUGGAGCUUCUGAACCAGAGUAACGUUACAAAAAAAUUGAACCGGUUCAUAUUCACCUACGACGCAGCGGCCAUCGCGGUGGCUAAAUGAAGAACUUGUGAACAUGCACGAGGGAAGGACUCUACCUCUCACUUUGGUUACUUCCCCAGAUGCUUUGGCCCAAAGAAAGAUGGAAAGGAAUGGGAAGAUGUGCUUUCUGCUCCAGCAAAAGGAGAUGAAUAGGCGUAGUAAACAAACCUCCUGCUCUUCCAGACUUGAGCCAAGGCUGCUGCACAGCACCCAUUCAGUGAGCCAACAGGAGAUCCUCCAUACGCCACGUCGCUGAGCCUCUCACCCUUUCCUUUUGACCCCCUCGGCCUACAAGCACCAUGACCUCUGAGCUGGAGAGUAGCCUGACCUCAAUGGACUGGCUCCCCCAGCUCAGCAUGAGGGCAGCCAUCCAGAAGGCAGAUGCGGGACACCACCACGGCCACCACCAUGGACACCACCACCACAGUCACCAUCACGGGCACGGGCCUGCCAAGAAAAUUGCCCAUCUGGACGCAGGAACAACGCUGGACCAGGAGGAAGCUGCACAGCACAGAGACGGUAAACCUCCCUACAGCUACGCCAGCCUGAUCACCUUUGCAAUCAAUGGCUCGCCACGCAAACGGAUGACCCUCAGUGAGAUCUACCAGUGGAUCUGUGACAACUUCCCCUACUACCGAGAGGCGGGCAGCGGCUGGAAGAAUUCUAUACGACACAACCUGUCCUUGAACAAGUGUUUUCUCAAAGUGCCUCGCUCCAAAGACGACCCUGGAAAAGGUUCGUACUGGGCCAUAGACACCAAUCCUAAAGAAGACACAGUACCCAGCAGACCAAAGAAGAGACCACGCUCUGGAGAAAGGGCAUCAACUCCUUACAGCCUGGAGUCAGAGUCUCUGAGAAUGGACUGCAUUAUGUCAGGAGGGGUGUCCCCCACUCUGGCCAUCAAUGCUGUAACCAACAAGGUAGCACUGUAUAACCCCGAGGCAGAAGGCAGUGAGAGUCCUGGGAGUCUGGGCAGCCUGAGCAACAGUCUUUCAGAGCAGAGUUUGGCAUCCGUCAACCUUAACAACCUGAACACCGCCGUCAGCAGCGGCAGCAACGUACACAGCUACACACCAGGGAGUAGCCACUCAGAGCCUUCGUCCCAGUCCCUGAGCCUCCAGCAGCCCGCCCAGCCGCCGCCACCUCCCCCGCCACAGCCCCAGUACGGUUUGCCUGUCCCGGAGUCGCGGGACAAGCAGCUCUGUUUCUCGAACUUUGAGGACCUUAGCGCUUCUUUCCGCAGUCUUUACAAAUGCGUCUUUGAGCAGUCCUUCUCACAGCAAGGUUUGAUGGGUAUGCCCGGCGAUUCCAGCCAGCAGACCCGGACCGCCUGCUCCUACCAGCACUCUCCUGGUGCGGGAAAUGGCGGCGGCCACCACCAUCAACACAACCACGGCCAGGCAUCGCACCACCCUCAUCACCCUCAGCAGCAUCUCUCCCCUCACUCCACCCACAGUCAGCACCAGGCACGCGGUCAGCAUGGACAGCACCAACAGCACCCGGCUCAUUCCCAGCAGCACCCAUCUCUCUCCCACCAGAAUCACACUGGACAGACCUGCCCCACAACAGACUGGUACCCCAACCUGGACUGGCUGAAGGAGAGCUGCCGCAUUGCUACUAGCUACAACUGGGCUGACGUAGACCUCUCCCCAUUUCAAGGUCUGAAGGAGAGCAUGCAGCAGGCUGAGCUCAACAACUGGUCGCUGGACGCCGCCCAGAUGGCCGACCUGUGUUCCUCCAUUAACCAGUUCUUUACCGCCACGGGGGUCAUCCCCCCGCAGGGCGCCGCCCACCCACAACCUCAGGUCCAACACCCGACGCCACCAGGAGCACCGCAGCACCCGGCUCAGCCACACGGAGCGAUGCACCCAAAGGCUAGCCAGCAAAAUCAGCACGGGCAACACAACCAACAUAACCAACACAUCAGCACGGGGAACAUGUACAUAGACUCGAGACAGAGCAUUUCCUCUCUGAUGGGCCCACCAGGAUACCCUCACAUGCCUCCCAUGAGCAACACGGCUCCCACCAUGACAGGUGACUCCUCCAUCGCUCUCUUAACAGGUCAUCUCAGCCAGCUGAGCCAGCAGCAGCAACAACACAGGCUGCCUCUGGGACACUUCCAGGUGAGACGCAUGCUCGCUGCAGACGACAUCCAGGACGACUUUGACUGGGACUCCAUUGUCUAAACUGAGCCGUUGGUGGAACAGAGGGAUGAAGAGAGAGACUGGAGAUGAGAGAGAGACAUGUGAUGACAGAUGAGGUAUGGAACUAGCUGACCUCCUUUCACCUGUG